AUGCAUCUCGGGGUGUCUGAGUCCAUGAGAGAGUGCGAGUACAACCAAAUCAGCACUCGCAGCUCCACCCCGAUGGAGACCCCCUACAAGAACAGGACCCCAAAGAAGAGGAAGUGGGAGUCCUUCCCCGGUCGGAACAAAUUCUACUGCAAUGGGAGGAUUAUGAUGGCCAAGCAGACGGGGGUUUUCUACCUCACCCUCGCCCUGAUCCUGGUGACCUGUGGACUCUUCUUCACCUUUGAUUGUCCGUUCCUGGCCCUGCAGCUGACCCCGGUCAUCCCAGUCAUAGGAGGCGUGCUGUUUCUUUUUGUGUUGGGGACGCUCCUGAGAACCAGCUUCAGUGACCCAGGCGUGCUGCCCAGGGCCAACGCCGAUGAAGCAGCUGACCUGGAGAGGCAAAUAGACGUGGCUAACGGCAGCACCGGCUACAGGCCUCCUCCCAGGACCAAGGAGGUGGUCAUCAACGGCCAGACGGUCAAGCUGAAGUAUUGUUUCACCUGCAAGAUCUUCAGGCCGCCCCGAGCCUCCCACUGCAGCCUCUGUGACAACUGUGUGGAGCGCUUUGACCACCACUGUCCCUGGGUGGGGAACUGCGUGGGAAGGAGGAACUACCGCUUCUUCUACAUGUUCAUUCUGUCGCUCUCCUUCCUCACCAUCUUCAUCUUCUCCUUCGUCAUCACACACAUCAUUUUACGCUCCCAUCGAUUUGGGUUCCUCAGCGCUCUUAAGGACAGUCCUGCCAGUGUGCUGGAGGUGGUGGUGUGUUUCUUUUCGGUCUGGUCCAUCGUGGGCCUCUCAGGCUUCCACACCUACCUGAUCAGCUCCAACCAGACCACCAAUGAAGAUAUAAAAGGUUCGUGGUCUUCUAAAAGAGGAAAGGACAACUAUAACCCAUACAGCUAUGGCAAUAUAUUCACCAACUGCUGUGCAGCACUGUGUGGACCCCUGCCACCAAGCCUCAUCGACAGACGGGGCUUUGUCCGGUCGGACGCGCCACAGCUGGCACCGCCAACCAACGGCAUCACAACGUACGGGGCAACGCAGUCCCAGCAGGGCCACAUGGUCAGUGAGAUUAAGAUAAAGGCCGCCGCCACGCCGCUCCUCCAGCAGCACAGCAGCGAGCCAGUCAUCCUGACAACCUGCCCCGAAAACGGAGGCUCUAUGCCCGGCCGCGGCCCCCUGACCCUGGGCGGCCCGUGCGCCUCGCUGCCCCUCGGCCAGCCCACCCCUCCCACGUCCAUCCCCAGCCUCGGCUGCCACGAGGCCGCCGACAUGCUGCCGAUCCACGGACACGGUCACUCGCACAACCACAGCCACCCGCUCCAAGAGCCGGUGGCCCACCACCACUUUCUCACCCCGGAGGAGGUGCCCUCGCCCCCGGGUAUGCUGCCCUGCGGCAGCCCCAUGGGCCACAACCACGCCAUGCAGGCGGGCUUCUACAACCCGGCCAGCCAGGACUCGUUACACGAGGACUCAGUGAGAGGAUUGGUAAAGCUCAGCUUCGUCUGAUGGGAUGUAAACCCCCCCCCCCCCCCCAUCCCCACCACCACCACCUCCUCCUCCUCGCCCCACCUCCACCCUCUGGAAACGUAUGUCCCACCCUUGGAACUGCCACUUUGGGACCAACUCUCGUCCCCCACCCUCGACUCCGCUUCCCGGUCUCACCUCAGCAGGACCGGAGAACUGAAAAGGGCGGCGGUUUAAAUUCAGCUGCUACUAACUGAAUGGAAUUUAACUGAAACAUUUGUCCUGUUGCGUCUCCGUUUCCAACCAGGAGAGAUGUUUUCUAGUGCGGUGGCCUGUAUGACAACUCCAACAUGAGCUUCUUUGUUUUCACUUCACAGGAGAAGCAUUGCAUUGUCUCCUGGAAACGGGACAGGGGAGGGUUGUUUCCAAAGUGGAUUAUGGCCGAGAGCCCUUUCAGGCCAAAUCGUGUUUUGACAGUAGCUGACAUUUUUGGUCAAAAUGAUGGAUUUUUGUCGACGCAUCACAGAUCUUUUUGUAAAAACAAACUUUUGCCGUCUUGCCUGUGGCUGAUUGGAAAGUGUCUUUUGCCUUUUUUCUUAGACAUUCUCAGCAGUGCAAUAGUUGAUGUCAUCACGUUGCAUAUCAUCCGGCUUUUCUAUGUAAAAAAAAAUAAAACAAGAGACUAUUGUACUGUACCAUGAUCAUUACAAAUUACAUUUCUUGUGGACAUUAAUAAAACCAACUUUUAUCAGAUGA